AGUUGGCGUUAGUGUCAGGAACUGGUGUCAUGUUUCAUGUGCACCCUGGGUAAUGGUUUAUGACCUUAACAUACUUCCUCAGUUGUCUGUUAGAGGUCGUGUUUGUGUAGAAUGUUAUCAGAUAACAGUUACAAAGUUUUACAGGGAAAAUUUUAAAUAUAGAGCAAAAAAACACAGCAUUUAGCACAACAGCUAUGGCAACAUGAUUAUACUAGAACCAUUCAGGGUUUUUUAAAAAUACACUUACAUUUUUAGUUUAGUAUAAAAUAGCUUAUCUUUCUCUAUUUAUAAAAUAUUGUAUGACACAAAUAAAUUCUUUUCUGAAUUUGCUACUCUUGCCCAUCACACACAUCAGCACUUCCGUGCGCGUUACUCCAAAUAUCUCUCCUUUACAAAUCAGAAUUGGUCGUUAGAAAGCAAGCAGGCGCAACAAAGGAAUCAGAAAGCCCAGGAACACUUUAAGAUGGGUUGCCAGCUUCGGUGCUUCCAGGGGGACCAAAGGCCAGGUCUGGCACACGUGACCAGAACCUCCUGGUGGUUGCCACAGCAACGCCCGCAUCAUCAAAGGAGCCUGGGGACAUCACCACAGCUGAGACUCUGCACCUCCAGAGCAGCACUAGGGUCCUCUGCAGUUGUCCUUGGAUAAUGCUCAUCCUGGUGGGCUGAGGUCUCCCUGAUGGAGGAGAGAAUGAAACCUAAAAAAGUGCUGUUCCUGCUCUCACUCAUUUUGAUGCUGCUGAUGGCUAAGCAUUACUUCCGGAGUAGCCAAGUGACAGAAUUGCAGCUUUCAAACUGGUUUCAGCCAAGGAAACGCCCGGACGUCCUCACACUCACCCCCUGGCUGGCCCCAGUGCUGUGGGAAGGCACUUUCAGCAGGCAGGCCCUGGAGAGGCACUACAGGGGGCAGAACCUCACCGUGGGGCUGGCAGUUUUUGCCAGCGGCAGCUCUGCAGAGGCCAACCUGGAGCAGUUCCUGCGCUCAGCCACCAUGUACUUCAUGCCCGGCCAGCAGGUGAUCUUCUAUGUCAUCCUAGACUCCUACACGAUGCCCCUCGACGUGCCGCUUGGCCCCCUGCAGAGCCUCCAGGUCCUCAUGAUUGCGGGUGAGGAUAAGUGGUGGCCCGACUUGGACCUCCUGUUCCUGCAAACCCUGAAAGAGCACCUGGUGGACCACAUCAAGGGCGAGGUGGACUUCCUCUUCGCCAUGACCAGCAACCUGGUCUUCCAGGGUGAGUUCGGCCUGGAGACACUGGGCACAUCCGUGGCCCAGCUGCACCCCUGGUGGUACUUCCAGAAACCCCAACACCUCCCCUACGUGCGGAAUCCCAGCUCGGAGGCCUACAUUCCCUUUGGGCAGGGUGACUUCUACUACGGGAGCACCAUCGUGGGCGGUAUGCCCUGGCAGGUGCUGGACCUCGUGGAGGAGUGUCUGCGGGGCAUGAUUCAGGACCAGAACAAAAGGCUCAACAGCUCCUAUGAGAAGUGCCUCAACAAGUACUUCUUCCUCCACAAGCCCGCCAAGCUGCUGUCCCCCGAGUACGGCUGGGACCUCACACUCAACCUCCCUCCCCAGCACCACGAGAGACUAGGUGAUGGUGGCCGACCCUGCCCAGCCUGGACCCUCAGUCCGUGGCCCCGACAACCGGCUCUGUGGGUACUGUGUGUUCUGCACGUAAUGGACCAGCGAUGAGUGGACCAGUGUUCUAACACCAACGUUCCGGGGUGUCCAGCGCUCACAUCAGGAUUGGGAAGCAGGCAGAGACGUCAGGCUUGGCUUCUGGGUCAGGCCCGGGGCUGACACCUGCGUGUCCUCCAUGACCUCACCCCACCAUUGUCCAGAUGUCCCUACCUCUCCUGCUGCCGUCCCUGGGACUAAAGGAAGAUGACACUUCUGAUGACUCUGUUCUUGCCUCUUGCAGUCUUUCUCCAUUAAAAUCAGCCUACAUGAACUUCAGGACAGAGGAAUUAGGGCCUGGUGUGCUGGCACACACCUGU